CAUGUCGACCAUGAGCAGCAGCUGGCCUGGCCCGUUUCGUGUCGUGACCCUUGUCACCCUGCUGUCUGUCAGUCAGCCAGCCGUGCCUUCGCCGACCGACAUAGCUAAAGCCACCAUCCGAGGCCCAUCUGCGUCACUGCCUGUCGCCCUUGUUAUUACACAUCUCCUACCUUUAUGUCUACACAGUCUUACUCGCACACCUAGCUCUAUCUAUCUUAUCGGCCUCGACCCAUCCAUCCAUCCACUCAUCACCCAUCGCCACAACCGCCGUCACCGCCUCCUCACUUCAUCCUUCCUCAACCUCCCCAACCACAACCACAACCACAACCAAACCUUGCGCUUUCCUACCAUUCUCAAUAUGCGCCGUUCAGACUCCAUCAGCAGUGUCGACUCCUUUGACGACGACACAAUGCAGAUCUUCGUCAAGGACGUUUCCGGCAACAACAGUACGUAUGCUCUCGGUUCCGAACUUCGGAACUCCCCAACAUCAACAUCAUCAUCACCAUCGUCACCACCCUCACGGCAUCCACCCAUCCCCCUCACAAUCCCCUCGUCAACCUCCAUCUCCACCCUCUCCGCUCUCCUCGCUCUCCGCCACAACCUCCCCAUGGAGCCUCGGAUAGUGCAUGCCGGCACCCACCUCUCCUCACCCUCCUCUACCCUUUCCUCCUUGCAAAUCCCUCCCAACUCUACCCUGCACAUGGCCCUGCCCGUGCGUGGUGGGAUGCCACCCAAGAAGAUCCGCUGCAGCUUCAAGGAGUGCCGCGACGCCGCCCAGCGCAUCGUCGGCGACUGCAGCUUCUGCAAAGGCCACUUCUGUGGCAAGCACCGUCUGCUUGAGGACCACAAGUGCGAGGGUCUCGAGGAUUGCAAGAAGGAGAGCUACGAGAGGAAUGCCGAGAAGUUGAACAGCGAGCGGACGGUUGCCAUCAAGGGCGUGUAA